AAACACAAAAUCAGAUCUAUCCACCCUGUCCCUGCCCCUCUCCCCUCUCUCUGUUUUUGUUUCCCUCUCUAUUAUGUGUCGGAGUCUGCAACUCUUGAUCCUCCUUGCACUCCACUCCUCCAUCGCCAUCUGCUGCUGCGAUUCCGUGAUUGUGUGAGAGGAUUCAUAUUCAAUUGGCUGUCGGGGUUGAUCCAACGAUGAGCGCGACGAUGAAGCAGCUCCACAAGCAAUCGAGCGUGAACCACCGGACCCGGGACGAGGAGAUCCCCGGCACCCUCCAGUCAACGCCUCCCUACUCCCCGAAAGCCCUCAAGCACCCCAGAUCCCUCUCCCGAUCCCUCCACUACCUCUUCCGCGAGCAGCGCCUCCUCUUCGUCCUCGUCGGCAUCCUCAUCGGCUCCACCUUCUUCAUCCUCCAGCCUUCCCUCUCCCGCCUCGGUCCCUCCGACCACCAGCCCCGCGCUUCCUUCUCCAUCUCCUCCGACCUCUUCGACUCGUCCUCGUCCAAUCCAGUUACCACGACCGCCCAGCCCCACCACCGCCCCGUGACGCGGGUGCCCGUGCAGAUCGGCCAGCGGAGGAAAAGGAUCGUGGUCACUGGCGGGGGCGGGUUCGUGGGGAGCCACCUCGUGGACAAGCUGAUCGCCAGGGGCGACGACGUGAUCGUGAUCGAUAACUUCUUCACCGGGAGGAAGGACAACUUGGUUCACCAUUUCGGGAACCCAAGGUUCGAGCUGAUACGCCACGACGUGGUCGACCCCAUACUUCUGGAGGUGGAUCAGAUCUAUCACCUCGCUUGCCCUGCGUCCCCUGUUCAUUAUAAGUACAACCCCAUCAAGACUAUCAAGACUAACGUGAUGGGCACAUUGAAUAUGCUGGGCUUGGCAAAGAGGAUAGGGGCUAGGUUCUUGCUGACCAGUACAAGUGAGGUCUAUGGGGACCCACUUCAACACCCUCAGAAGGAGACUUACUGGGGAAAUGUGAAUCCAAUAGGUGUGAGAAGUUGCUAUGAUGAAGGCAAAAGAACUGCCGAAACGCUGGCAAUGGAUUAUCAUCGAGGAGCAGGUGUCGAGGUUCGCAUUGCUCGUAUAUUUAACACAUAUGGGCCGCGGAUGGGUCUAGAUGACGGACGUGUUGUCAGUAAUUUCGUUGCUCAGGCAAUUCGCAAACAACCACUGACAGUUUAUGGAGAUGGAAAGCAGACUCGGAGCUUCCAAUAUGUUUCAGAUUUGGUUGAUGGGCUAUAUGCCUUAAUGGAAGGCGAGCAUGUAGGGCCUUUCAAUCUCGGCAACCCUGGAGAGUUCACUAUGCUAGAGCUCGCUGAGGUUGUGAAAGAAACCAUUGACUCGAGUGCAACAAUUGAAUUCAAACCAAACACAGCAGAUGAUCCCCACAAGAGAAAGCCUGACAUUAGCAGGGCAAAGGAGCUUCUCAACUGGGAACCGAAGAUCACUCUCAGGGAGGGCCUUCCACGGAUGGUGUCUGACUUCCGAAAUAGAAUCCUGAACGAGGAUGAAGGCAAAGGGCUCUAAAUGGAGAGCCGAGCGCUGACCGCCUAAAGAAGGAGAAUUAAUGUAUAGCACUGAAAGCAUAUCUGUAUCUUGUUGAUUCUUUCUGUAUCAAGAGCAAGACUCUUGUCCAUUCGCCAUAUACUUCUUUUGUUCCUGUCUUCUUUGCAUUAGAUCGAACGCCGAUAUUGCAAUUUUGUAGGAAUGUAUAAUAUUUUAUUUGUCGCGUACUUAUCGA